AUGUCGACUGCUGCACGCACUCGGUCUAUUCGACAUCCCCAGAACACGUAUACGGGUGCAGAACCCAUUGCAAAUGGGAUGAGCGAUGGUAGCGCUGCUGGGAGACCACCGCCAAGCUCGCGCAUGCCAAACCAUGGCAGCAACGGCAGUUACGGUGGUGGAACUGCGCCAGGACCGAGCAGAGAGAGUGUAGCUGAAUUUGAGGAUUUAAUCAAGCAGACAAACUACGCCGCCAAUCACUACGACUCUCAGAAUCCGCCGCGACCGUCGUUGGAACCGCGAUCCAAGACUCCUGACGCUCGAAGGGUCAGAAACUCACUCCAUAAGCCGAAUCCAUACCAAUCAGUCUCUCGCCAGCAAUACGGCCCCUCUGCGACGCCCAGCAUGCAGAGCAGCCCACCCAGCCGUCCCAGCAGGCAGAAUACCACCAAUCUCUACGACUAUGGUGGUCAUCCAGCAUCUAGAGAACGCCGUAGAUCCCUCCCAAGCAGCAACAUGCCUCCAGAUCACGACUUUUACAACGACAACGGCCCAAACGACGCGUCCCAGGCUUCAAAUCCAUCCAUCCCGCUCCCUCCUCUUCGGUCCAGAAGUGGUACAACCUCGGGCAAGAACAAAAAGGGAAUGCUCUCGUUUAUGAGCGUGUUUGGAACUCAGAAGAAACCAGAGAUUUCUAUUCCUUAUGAUCCAGUCCAUCUCAUGCACGUCGGCUUCAACUCGUCGACCGGCGAGUUCACCGGCAUGCCAAAGGAGUGGCAGCAGCUCCUCCAAGAGUCUGGUAUCACCCGUCUCGAGCAGGAAAAGAACCCCCAGGCCUUGAUGGAAGUCGUCAAGUUUUAUCAAGAAGGCGGUCUGGGCGGCGGCGCGUUAAAGGACAAUAUCUGGGACAAAAUGGGCAACGUUCCCGUCACCCCUGUCUCCCCAGUCGCACCUUCGUCCCCGUCUCCAAACUAUCCGAGCUCUGGGAAUACUGCAGGAAUCGGCUCGGGCGCAUUCCAGGCCACCCGACCUGCUCCAGCUCCUCCAGGCGGCAAACGGCCCUCGACGAGCGAGGCGCCUCGUGCGCCGCAAUCGCCACAAGCCUAUCGUCCAAGUCCCUCGAAUGCCCAACCUGCCGCUCCUUCGCUCGACCGUUCAGUCUCCAGUCGGGCCGCACCACAGGCACCUCGUGAACAACGCGAUGGUCCAAAGGCGCCCUCUCGCGAGCAGCUCCCGCCUGGUGCUGCCGCUCCAAAUCCACCCCCUGGUCCAGGAGCGAGUGCACCCACACCAGAAACCAGGCAACGUCCUGCGCCUCCACCUCCCGGACCCGCCGUACAGGCUCUCAAGGCCGCGAGUGGCAGUCCUGCUGCUCCUCAAGCUGGUGGAACGGCUCCACUCGCCACGGGUAGUCGACGACGGGAGCGUAAAAAGGAUCCAAAGGACAAUGAGGACAUCGUCAAGCGUCUCCAGGCCAUUUGCACCGACGCCGACCCGACCAGACUCUAUCGCAACCUCGUCAAGAUUGGCCAGGGCGCGAGUGGAGGUGUCUAUACGGCGUAUCAAGUCGGGACAAACUUGAGCGUGGCAAUCAAGCAAAUGGACUUGGAUAAACAGCCCAAGAAGGAUCUCAUCAUCAACGAGAUUCUCGUCAUGCGCUCGAGCAGACACCCCAAUAUUGUCAAUUACAUUGACAGUUUUCUCUACAAGAAUGAUUUGUGGGUCGUGAUGGAGUACAUGGAAGGCGGUAGCUUGACCGACGUUGUGACGGCAAACCUCAUGACAGAGGGUCAAAUUAGUGCCGUUUCUCGAGAGACGGCAAAGGGGUUGGAGCAUCUUCACCGACAUGGUGUCAUUCACCGUGAUAUCAAGAGCGACAAUGUCUUGCUCAGCUUGGUCGGCGACAUUAAACUCACCGACUUUGGAUUCUGCGCUCAAAUCUCUGACCCGGCCAAUGCAAAGCGUACGACCAUGGUCGGAACACCCUACUGGAUGGCACCCGAAGUCGUGACCCGAAAGGAGUAUGGUCCCAAAGUCGACAUCUGGAGCUUGGGCAUUAUGGCUAUUGAAAUGAUCGAGGGCGAGCCACCAUACCUCAACCAAAACCCGCUCAAGGCCCUAUAUUUGAUUGCUACAAACGGCACUCCAACCAUUAACAAUCCCGAGGCACUUUCCGACGUCUUCAAAGACUAUCUUGCAAAGUGUCUCGAGGUCGACGCCGAAAAGCGGCCCGACGCCCAGCAGCUGUUGACGCAUCCCUUUUUCAACAAGGCCGAAUCGCUUCGCACCCUCACCCCGCUCAUCAAGGCUGCCAAGGAAGCAAAGCACAAGUGA